AUGUCGCUCCGAGGCCAAUACCGUCACAUUACGCUGCGACACGAACGUCACAUGAUCAACAAUACCGCCCCAGCUCUCGCUCCUGGACAAGCCAAAUUCUUUUCAUAUUUUCUUCCCUCUCUGCCAGCGGGCGAAUACAAGAUCCAGAUUGAUCAGACUGUGACCACCGACUCUGCGAAGCCUGGCGUUUCAGCGACUCCGGCAAAUCGUACUUUCGAGGUGCUGGCUCCAGAAUGGGCCAUUUCAGCAGCCAACGGUGACACCACAAAUAACAAUAACGAUGAUGACUCGGCCGUGGUGCUCUCAACCUUUCCUGCCUCCGGUGAAACGGCACCCUCCUUUCGCACACUGCCUCACCUUGUGCUCAAGGAUCCGCAGCUGCCGUGGAUUCGUCCCGUGAGCAAGAAGGACUACAACGACGGCAACUCGAUCCCUUGGUUCGCCCUGAUCAUUUUUUCGGCGGACGAGCUACAACUCAGAGAGGAUGUUGGGCAGGCAUAUUUCUCCAAGGUCAACGCGACGGUGAAUGAUACGCUCGGCUGGGACCUGCCUGCGUCCAGCAUCGAAAAGAUUGACCAUGCGCGGGUUGCGAAUUUCAUCCCCAAACCGUCGGUGCCGGAUCAGAGAGCUGGAACGCAAACCAGUGUGAUCCCGGUGUCCAGCGAUGUCUUUCGGCAGCUCUUCACGUCCGCGCAGAAACCGGGAGAAUUUGAUGUGGCCCCGUUCCGAUUCAUGUCACAUGUGCGAACCGUGUCGACAGCAGGGACCAUGUCAGCGGCCCGAGCGGAAAACGAUGGCGAUCCCACUCAAUCAGGAACACAAACCGUGGCCAUGGUCGUCUCUCAUCGCCUGGGUCCUACCGCCAUUACCGUCCCUACUCCUGUAAUGGCACACCUGGUCUCUCUUCAGGGUAUCGACACCAAAAGUGUGGAUCUGGUGGCAAAUCGCGAUCACGUUCUGAUGACGAGUCUUUUCAGCUGGACCUACACAGCUCUUCCACCUGGCUCGCCCGAUGUUGUGAGUAUGUUACAGCAUCUGGGCAAAAAAGAUGCUGGACUGUCAGUACUGCGAACAGAUCUGACCGUGGACCCGCUAGGGGAGAAGGUUUUCGACAAGUUCUCCGAGCCGGAUAUCGCCAAAUUGAUCACCAAGAGGCAGAUCGAUGGGUACACUCUCACGCGCUAUCGGACCAUCACAGGUGAACAAAAUGCAGCGAUCUACCGGGGACCUUUGACUCCAACAAGAGUUCCUUAUCCGCUACACAAAAAAGUGUCCUUUCAAUCCAAUUUUGGGACUGAUCUACAAAUCCUCGAUCCCGAUUUAGGCCUGAUGGAUCUCUCCUACGCGUCCGCGUGGCAAUUAGGUAAGACCAUGGCCAUGGGAGAUCCGGCAUUCACAGCCGCUCUUUCCAGGCUGCGCAUCGAAGUGCAUCAAGCAGCCCUGGAGAGUGCCAGAAAGGACAUCUUCAAGCGCCUACGAGCCUCUGGUACACAAGAGGCUGAUGAAAAUGGACGCGAGGUCAAACAGUCAGUCUUUUCAGACACCAAUCCAAGGGUGUCGUACAUGCCACGUCAGGAGAUCAAGGCUGAUGUGGUCAAGAUAGUCCAAGCUUUGAAUGGCAUCAAUGGAACUGUGGAGCAAGCUGGGACGGCAUUCUCGACAAAUCGUUGGCGGCGACGCGAUCCAUCCCUAAUGCCAUCGACUCAGACAGACCUGGAAUCAGAGGCUGACCUGUUCAGUCUUCGAUCCGACCAUGUAUAUCACCAGAUGCCCUUUCACUCUCUCUUCUACCUCGAGGACGGCACGGCGAAUACUCCGGACGGAGGUCCUUACAACUACCAUUCCAUUCCAAAUAACACAGACUAUGCAGUCGUCCAAGAAUGGGUGCUUGAUCGAUUGCACUUAGCCGGCAUUCCUGCCCACUACUUAUUGCCGGAUCCCUCACAUCUCCCACCCGAGUCGCUGCGCUUCUUCCACAUUGACGGCAACUGGCUGGAUGCGAUGGUGGACGGGGCGCUCAGUCUGGCGAACCAUCUCGCGGAUGUGCCGGAAGAGGACUACACUCGCAGCUCAUUGAAAGCGACAUUGAACCGGUACCUAACCACUCCGCUGGUUGGUGAUUAUCUUCAGCAGAUCCCGGCGUACGGUUUCAUGUUGCGAUCUCAACUGCUAGUACAGUUUCCAGACCUCGCAGUCGGCGCCGAAUUCGCCCUGGAAAAAGACGACGUUCACACCAGCGAAGAUUGGGCGCACGCAAAGCCUAAAGCUCCUAUUCUGGUCCAACGUAAACUUGCGCCAGAUAUCAUGCUGGUACUGCUCGACCGCGAACCUCCCAAGCUGUCCAGCGUAACUUUUACUUUGCCUGCGCAUCAGCAAACAUUCAUUGCCGCCUUUGGUCUCACUUCAGAGAAGGCGGAUCUGCGCUUCAAACGCAUUUAUGCCACGGGUGCCGAUGAGGCUCUUCCCGAGCCAGACGUGAGAGAGCGCCGUAAAAACCUCGUCAUUGUUCCUGACCUAAAUCCUUAUCCCACAUCACAGGUUAUUGACUGGCAUGCCAGGACGUUGAAGAUCGAGCAGUAUGCGCAACUGGUGCACCAAAACCUACAGAAUUUCAUGCCACGAAAGACCCAAGACUACCGCCAUGUCACGCCGACGGCUGCCGUUUUUGCCCUGCAAUUGAACGAACCGAUAUAUACUCUCGUCAUCACCGCCCGAAAGCCCGUGGUGCAAGGUCAAACGCCAGACACUGAUGACGAGUCAUUAGACAGCUGGCAGAUAUUGCACGAGCCGAAGGGAUUUCAAUUCUACCCGCCUCCUUUUCCGGGAGACAAAAUCAAGGCCAGAUCCCAGCUGCCCGUGUCGCGCAUGGCACACACCUUUUCCCCUACUCUGAUUUCCCUUGAACCCGAAUCGAAGCCAAAAUCAAGUCAAGAUCCGUCCGCUCCUGACGAGGCGCGACGCCGAGCAGAACAACCGGCGAUAAGGCUCGGUCAUGGUAUUUCCCCCAAGCUGCCAGACAAGCCGGUCCUUCCGAUGGACAUGCCCGAAUUCGAAUUCAAGAUAUUCCGCCUGGGAAAACCCAAGGAUGAAGCCAUCACAACAAACGCCGAUCGUCCAUUCGAUCUCGUCUUCAGCAUCAUCCGAGGCAAAUGGACCGACCCUGAGGCGUGGCCUCUCCGUAUCAUGCAUUUCGAUCUGACGAUCAAGAUCGCCGGGCUCGACCAGCCCCGACCGCCGGACGACGAUUUCUCCACCCCUCGCGCUCUGCUCCGCAGCGACGUCCCAGAUGGGCCGGCGCCAACCAUGCUCUCCAACCUACGGUACAACGUCCUGUCGCGGAAAUGGGACGUCCAGGAGGGUCAGCUGCAACUGUCCAUCGUCCCGCGGACGAAGUGGGGUGUGCACAUGCGCGACACGGUCGAGGCGAGCUUCAUAUUCCCCAUGGCGCGGAUCUUCCCGUGGGAGGUGCCAAAGGGCGCAACGUAUCCCGGGCAGGUGAAGCUCCGGUCCUACAUGCUCCCUGAAUCCGAGACGGAUCCGAAUAAAAAGCCGACCGAGUACAAGCAUGACGAUGUCGGGAAGUUUCAGUUGACCCGGGAGGGGCUUCUUUGA